AUGUUUCGCCUCGCAGGAACGGUCCUGACGCUGUGUUCCGUCGCGUUGGUCUCACCGUUGGACGAUUCGUACAACAUUGAGCUGAAGCAGAAAGAUGCCGAAGUGUAUCACGAGCAGAGCUUCGGAAGAAACGAGUUUAGCUACGGCUAUCAGGUGGAGAAAACGAACAGUCAGUUCCAGCACAAGGUGAAGGGUCCGGAUGAUGUCACGUACGGGUGCUACGGGUACAUCGAUCCGGACGGGGAGAAGCAUCUCGUGUACUACAUCGCCGAUCGGCUCGGUUACCGCUUGCUGGCACCGGACCAACCGACCAAGGUGUUUACCGAUCGUGUGGCGAACAGUGUGAACAAAUUGGACGCCGAGUUGCAGGGCCGCAAGCUGGACGAGAAGGUAGUGGCCUGGAACGAUCUCUACCUUCCUGCGACUUGCCGGCGGCUGGACGAGAUCGUUAGCAUCACGCCACCGCCGACACCACCGCCGACACAGAAGACCACGACUUCGACCACGAGCUACGGGGCAAACCAAAUCCGACCCGUCCGGACUGAGCGGCCAGCUACGGGAAAUAGUAUUGACUCGUUCGGUGGCAUUCAGGUCAACUCAGGUCCGUCGUCAGCGGACAGUGCCAACAGCUCGGGAGCAUUUACUGGAACACUUGGACCCACCCCAGGAAGUGUGCCAGACCCGGUCGUUUCUGGUGGUUCCGACCGCAGCCCAAAGGACGUGCCGAAAGGUGCGAUCGGUGUGAUAGGGAUCAACCAAGGUGGUUCCAUCGAUGUGUCAAGGUCCGAUGACUUGGAUAACGCCCUUAUUUCGUCGUCCACGACGGCAAACACUUCACCAGGGGACAAUCUGAUCGACCCCGUUGAACCCUUUGGAAAUCGGCUUCCAACAACGAAGCCACAGCCAAGCGUUGUCGUGAAGAGUCACCCAAAUCCCCAACGACAGGCACCAGACUCCGGGUGUGGCCCAGGAACUGCGGGCGAAUGGGAGUCUCCACGGCCAAAGUAUCCGUCCCCGAUGGGCCAGUUUAACGGAUUCGUGUUUCCGAUCAACCGCAACUGUGACGCCAGUGGCCGCAACACCGAACAGCUCCUUGCCCAAAUGCAAAACAUCAACGAGCUGGUGUUGCAGGUGAGCGAAACCCUCCACCGACUGAUCGGGGACGAUCGCAAUCGGACCACCACCGGCUCCGACACCUGCGGGCGAGUUUUGGAGCUCCUCAACAUCCAGCAGCCGGUGCCGCUGCUCGUCUACGUGCCCAUCAUGCUGCCUUACCUUGACGGUGGCAUUCAAGGAGCCGAGCCACCCGGGACGACCCCACAAAAGCUCCUAAUCAACCCCGCCAGCUACGCGUACGCCAAGACGUGCAGCGAGUGUAAAUAG